AUGAGCCACACUCUGAAGAUUUUCGAAAGAGUACUUGAAAUACGACUUCGAGCGAUCAUAGAGUUGCCAUCCAAUCAGUGCGGAUUUGUAAAGAGUAUCGGUGCCGCUGACGCCAUCCAUACUGUACGGAUAGUGAUGGAGUAUAGCGAAAAACCAAGAGAGCUGCAUGUGGCUUUCCUUGAUAUGGAGAAAGCUUUCGACAAAGUAUUGAUGUCAUAUGGUGGGCACUGCGAAAGCAUAUGGUUCCAGAUGUAUACAUCCAAUGUAUAG